AUGGUGGAAGAUACCAGGACCUCGUCAUACCUAAAUUCCCAAGGAAUCACCUGGACGUUUAAUUCUCCCCAUUCCUCACACAUGGGAGGAGUGUUGGAGAGGAUAAUAGGAGUCUCCAGAAGAAUGUUAGAUUCUCUGCUUUCUGAUACUCCUGGCAAUUCAUUGACUCGCAAAGUUCUUGUAACGUUCAUGUGUGAAGUUAUGGCUAUCGUGAACGCCAGAUCGUUGGUACCUGUUUCUAAUGACCCGGAUAACCCUCUUGUCCUCAGUCCAUCAGUCAUGGUGACGCAGAUGACCAAAUCAUAUGCUCAGACAUUCAACCAGAUCAAUCAAUCGGAUGUGUAUAAAGCUCAAUGGACAAGAGUGCAGACUUUGACUGAAACAUUCUGGAAACGUUGGUCUAGAGAAUUCCUUCAGACUCUACAGAAGCAAGGAAACAGACUUUCAAAAUCUACAGAACGGAGAUGUCAUUCUAAUGAAAGACAGUAA